AUGGUUCAACAGGAAGUGCGUAAAGGACCAUGGACAGAACAGGAAGACUUCAAAUUGGUGUCCUUUGUUGGCUUGUUUGGAGACCGUAGAUGGGACUUUAUUGCUAAGGUAUCAGGUUUGAAUAGAACAGGUAAAAGUUGCAGAUUACGGUGGGUUAAUUACCUUCAUCCUGGUCUCAAACGAGGAAAGAUGACACCCCAGGAAGAACGCCUUGUGCUGGAGCUUCACUCAAAAUGGGGAAAUAGGUGGUCAAGAAUUGCUCGCAAGUUACCAGGGCGCACUGACAACGAGAUUAAGAAUUACUGGAGGACUCUGAUGAGGAAAAAGGCUCAGGACAAGAGAAGAGUAGAAACUGCAUCAUCAUCAUCAUCAUCAACACCAGUACCAUCUUCUAGUGUUCAUUCCUCGAUAUCAAUAUCCUCAAAGAAGCAUGCAGUGGAUCCGCAUGCUUCAAAGAAGGCAGGAGAAGAGAGCUUUUAUGACACAGGAGGUCCUACUGCGAUAGGGUCAACCCAAGAUGAAGGUCAGGGUGGGUUCUCCAUGGACGACAUAUGGAAAGAUAUUGACAUGUCAGAAGAGAUCAACAGUUUUCUUCAUGGACACAGUGAAGAAGGUUGCAACUUCUCUUGCCCACAAGUGCUUUCUCCAUCUCCAUCAUCAUGGGAGUAUUCUUCUUGUGACCCUCUGUGGGUGAUGCUGGAUGAGGAAAGUUUGUUUUGCCCCAUGAGUGAACCAUAUUUUUAUGCAUUAAACGUCUAA